UCCAUGCCGGCAUUUCUUGUUUUCUACAACAACAAAAAGAUGAAAGAUUCAUAAAUUAUAUGUAAAGUAAAAAAUUAAUUGAAUCAGCAAAUCAACAAAAUUAGUUCCUACUCAUUUCGCAAACUUGAAAUGAGAAUUUUUCUAUUCUCCGUCGUUAUAAUUGUUGCUUUAAUAAUCGUCGCUUCAUCUUCCCCUGUUUCAGCUCAUUUUUCCCCUGUUUCUGCUCAUUUUUACGAUAACGUUGUUUUAACAAUUCCUCGUAAUUCUACCUGGAACUAUUUCAACAAGUACUUGGGUUGCCGCGUUGGGCAAAAGAUCAAAGGAUUAGCGAAAAUCAAACAGUAUUUUCAACGUUUUGGAUAUAUUGAUAAUUCUUUGAGCAAUGAUUUUACAGAUGAAUUUGAUCAACUUCUUCUAUCAGCUCUGAAGAGUUAUCAAUUAAACUUUAAUCUUAAGAUAACCGGAGAAUUCGACAUCUCCACUCUUCAAAAUAUGGUAAAACCAAGAUGCGGUAAUCCAGAUAUAGUAAAAAAGGGCACUACUCAUAUGAACUACGGGGGCAAAACUCCAAUGGAUCAUACAGUGGCACAUUUCUCGUUUUUCGAAGGCCAGCCACGUUGGCCUUCGAGUAAGAGUAAAUUAAAGUAUGCAUUUCUACCGGAGAAUCAGUUGACGGAUUCUGUUAAGUUAGCUUUUAGGAGGGCGUUUGAUAAAUGGUCAAAAGUAACACCGUUAACUUUUACAGAGAUGGAUUCUUAUAGAUCUGCAGAUAUUCGGAUAGGGUUUUUUGUCCGAGACCAUGGAGAUGGUAACCCGUUUGAUGGACCCAUGAAGAUUUUGGCACACGCAUUUGCACCUCCAAUAGGGUUUUUCCACUUAGAUGGCGAGGAAAAUUGGAUGGUUGACGGCGAGUAUUUGAAAGAAGGGAUGGUGGAUCUUGAAUCGGUUGCGGUUCAUGAAAUCGGGCAUUUAUUGGGUUUGGAUCAUUCGUCCGAAAAAGACGCGGUUAUGUUUCCGACACUUGAAGAUGGAACGAGGAAAGUGGAGUUGUCAAGAGAUGAUAUUGAAGGGGUACAAAUGUUAUAUGGGUCAAACCCGGAUUAUAAUGGGUCAAGUACUGUUUACACACACCAUCAAGAGAAUGAUAUCAGUGGAUACUCCACUUUUCGUUCAUUGUGCCCACAUUGGAUUGUUGGAUUUUUCUUAGCAUUGAUGCUUUCGAUUUCUCUAUAGUUAGUGUGUAUUAUUAUUAUCUUAAUCGUAUGAUUUGAUUAUUUUUGAAAUAUUUCAAGUUAUUUUAAAAGGAAAGGAGUCCGAAAAAUACUUCAACUUUGGCCGAAAUUGUUGUUACAAUACCAAACUUUAUGGAGGACAUUUUAUCCCUG